AUGACACAAGGUAGGCUAUUUUAUCCGUUGGCAGUGCUUCAAGAUCGUCAUUUCAGAUCCAAAUAUCCAAAUUACAAUGAAAGUAGAGAGCUCAAAACCUGGAGUGUUGUUUCAAAGCGAUUUCCUGCCUGGGAACAAAAACUAGUAUCUAUGCUACUUGAUAAUAAAUACGCUGAAUCCAUAAUAUUUAUCAAUAGUGAUGUUUCUAUGAGCUCAGUGGGUGUUUUCAAACGGACCAAACUCCUGAUUAGAACUCAUAUUCUAAAUUCUCAUUAUAAAGCAGUGAUUGAUUUUGAAUCUAGGCUCAAUACCCAACCCAUUACUUCUGAGCCAACGGAAUUAGCGGAUUUCAUCGAGUGCAAGUUAUUAUUGAUUUUAAAUUGGUUCCUAAGGGGGGAAUAUCAUCAGUGUUUACAAAGGUUCAUUCAACUAAUCAUCGACAUACCAAACUUGGUGGAGCUAAUGGUAACUCUUCCAAAAGAUGAUAUCUUUAUAUCGAAUGAAACAAUGUUUUACAUCAUCACUGUAUCUGCAUUAGUGUCAAUUCCCCUAGAUAAUUUGGACACAUUCAUUCAUUUAGAAGAACUAGAACAGUUUCAUAAACACUUUGAUGUUCUUGCUGGCAAGGGCAAACUUAUAAUUAAUAGUAAGUUCAUGAAGUUUUUCGACUGGUGGCACAAUGAUAUGGAGCGGCUUUGCAAGCAAGAUUAUUUCUUAGAAAAAAAGUGGGAUAUAAUAUCUAAGACUAUGAGACAAAAGAUGUACGCAUUUUAUUUGAGGAUAGCAACUAAAAUACAAAUUAGUUACCUAUCCGAAAGAGUCGGAAUAUCUCGAGAAAUUGUCACUCAAGAAAUCACACAACUAAUCUCGGAAGCCUGUUUGAAUUUCCAGAUUCAUGAUGAUCUCAUUUUAUACCAGAAAUUUGACCCUCAGAUGGCUCUAAACGAUUUGAUGAUGACUGAAGAUAUCACAUUGGAUAAUAAGCUCUCCCAAUUACGUCGUCAAAACCAUAAUUUGAGAGUAAUCGUCGAUGAACAUUUAGCUUUAAGGAAAAGCAGAAUACAGCGGCGAAGCAAGGCGAGUGACGAAGAACCUAUGAAUGAAGAAGAAGUUUUCGCUCUGAGCGAAAACGAGCUCUGUAAUGAGACUGCUGAUACUUUCAAUGAUUAA